CUAAUGAAAUUAGGAUCUAAAAAAAUUAUUUUUCGAUUGGUAGCUGAAUUUGUGAAAACAAAUCACGCUUCUGUGAUUGGCUAAUAAAAUCGUGAUUAGAAAAAUGACAUAUUUUUCUGAUUUGUAAAUUAGAAGAAUUUAAAUGUUAUAGUACCGUAAUAUUGUUAUAGGAAAUAUGUUAAUGUAAAAAUUGAUAUUAAAUUGAGAAAUAUUGGAUGAUUGGCUGUGAUGACGUCACGUACGACGUAAAAUUCGUCGUGAUUGUACAUGAUGGUGGUGCCCGACCCCCCCUCCCCCAUGCGGGCGCCCCCCACCCCCUCCUGGUCCAGGAGCGAGGACGUGCGGCAAAGUCUCAAUGUCCUGGACCAAGUCCUGUCCGAGUUCGACGAUCCAGAUCUCGACGAAGACUUCCUGGACGAGGACUUAGGCGAAACUACUUCGUCGUCCGAUAAAACCGUUAAAAAGUCCCCGGUGACCCCAGCUGUGCAUCAAACUUCGUCUAAGAAGUCAGAUGGAAAGUUUGCAAGGCUUGGGAGUUUCGAAAUUAAAGCUGAUGUGCACCGACAAGACAGUGAAGUUGAAGCGCCACCUUCGGUUGACAGGAGCAAGAAACCUAAAACCGGUCCCCCGGCGUUGCCGAAAAAGUCUGGCAGUGCUCAGACUGGAGAUGGUGUGCAGUCUAAUGAAGCCCACACAUCAUCGAUAACUUCUUCAUCAGAUUCUCGAAACUCUAGCGCCUGUGUUUCGCGAGAAGAAUCUUUAGAGUCUAAUAAAAGUUCCAGUUCCAAAAAAGGGAAAAGUGAAGAUUCCGGCAGAUCAUCUAGAAUGGUUGAUUCGGUAAACUCCGCAAAAGACAGCUCCCCAAAUGUCGACGAUUCAAAAAAUGAAAAGCUUGCAAAGUCUUCAGGUUCUGUCAAGAGUCGUUCAUCCUGUGGUAGUGGUAGCAGUGGUACUCAUGACUAUCAGGAGAUCAACAGCGAUAUAUGCGCUGCAUUGCAGCGAAAAUAUCGUGGACAGCUUGAAGACUCCGAGGAGUACCAACGGCAACUUCGCCAUCAUGAAUCCCUUCUUCACCGGCAGACCGAUUUCAUGCCAAGUCGUGAUGCGUACCCUCGUCAACCUGAUCAUGCUUUGGGACGUGAACAACAGAGCAUUAUUCUUCGUGAUCACCAACUGAUGCAACGAGAGGCCUUUUUGAGGCAUCGACAACAACAAAAACUGAUGCAAGAGAACCACAACAAUACUCGCAAGAACCGCGGUCGGUCUGUUGAACCGAAACGUCGUUCCUCCAACGGCUUUGAAAUGCGGGGAAAUAGAGCAAACGAUCCACGUGAUCGUUCCAGUGGAAGAGAUAGACAGGGAGAUAGGCCUCGAGGACGGGACCGGUCAAGCGGAAGGGACCCAUUAAAUCAAGAGGAUCUUUUGUCUCGGGGGAGAGAUAGAUCUCGGGGGAGAGACAGAUCUAACGGGAAUCAACGAUCCAAAUCGAGUGAUCGAAUUCUUGACCACAGAAGCAGGGAAGUCAUAGGCGACAACUACCACGAUGAGACGAUGUUCAUGCCGCCAUACUCAGAAGGCCUAGGGUUGCUUGACCCUUCGUUUCAUGACCCAAGACUCUUCAUUGAUCCAAACUUGGACCCUCGUCUGAUUGACCCAAGGAUUAUUGAUCGCGAUGCUUUAAUUGUAGACCCCCACAUGAUGGAUCCCAGACUCUACGACGGUCGUUGUGGCAUUGACCCUCAAGGCUAUCCUAUCCAGGAUUCUUAUUUACCCCCUUUGGUGGGGUACUACGACCCACCCAUUUUACCACCAAGGGAUUUCGGGAUGUACCCUUACGAUGGUCCCUACCUUCCUGACCCCGCCAUGCUUACUCCUGAGGAGAUCAUACACCUACAGAUGGGGGGAGAUCCCGCGCUUGUGCUUUCACACGCUUCACCACUGGACAGUCCUUUCUAUCCUCAUUAUCCUAUGGAUUACGCUCUUUCGUAUCCUCCGAUGUCCUACCCCAUUGAUGGGGAUUUGGCAUAUCCCCCCGAAGUUUUUCCUCUUCCCAGGGGCGCCCCCAUGCAGAGACAUUUCAACGGUUCAAGACACGUGGACGAAACUAAGCGGAACAUCGACAGUCUGGUCAGGGGCGGCCGUCCAAGUCUGGGGGACCUGCGGGGGUCGGGGGGCCCCACUCCCGCGCAGCUCGUUAAGGAGCUCCGGCGCAGCACCCGCAACCUGCCCCCCCAGCUGCGCCUCCCCCCCGACCCCCCCGAAUCAUCAAACUACGACCUCACGGGGGGGUUCAGGGUGGGGGAGGUGGUGGGGGUGGGGGGACUCCCUCGCCCUGGGGGGGCCAAGACCCCCACCUCCCUACCCCACUUCUCCCCCAACACAAAAGACAGUGGAUUCGAUGAAGGCGUUGCGGUGGAAGACCUCGGGGGUCUGGAGGGACAGGACCUGAAGGGAGGGCGCACGGUGGGCAAGACCACGGGCAGCAUGGUGGUGUCUGGGGUCCUUAACCCCAUGUCCAACAUGUACAUCCCAGCCCCACCCAGCCCCCUGCCAGACUACGAUGACGAGAGGGUUACGUCAGACGGGGAUGAGUCUGACAUCCUCAAAGGAUCCCAAUUCUACGUCGUUGAAACCGGCACUGAAACUCGACAAACGAAAGUUAACUCAAACAAGGGGAAGAAAUUCAAAAACGUGGAUUCUUCACCAAAGAUGACGAAGAAAACUGGGGAAGAUACAGGGAAAUUAGAAGUAAAGGCUCACGAUGCGAAACCGAUUGGCGGUGACAAGCAAGGUCAUGACACUGGGUCGAAAUCGCAGCAGGUUUCAACACCAAGUGCUGGUUUGGGAUCAACUCAUUCAGCUGCAAACGGAAAAAUCUCCCCAAAAUCUGGCAGUCCUUUAGAGAAAAUGAUAAGCCAGUUCCACGAGAGCCUUCCGCCUCUUAGUUCUCUAAACGACGCCCAUUUUUCCGAUGAUUCUCUGGAAGAUUCCAUGGCUGACGAAACAUCAACGACUUUCACUUCCCGGCCGUCAACCAUCGACCCGAAAAAUUUCUGGGACGACUCAGUUGGUAGCUGCACUGCCAACGAUUCCUCAACAUCCUUCGACUACAUACAAGGGGGAUACGAACGAGCUACCCCAAAACGCUUCAAUAAGAAGCUACCUCGAACCCAGUCCCAAAACGAGACAGGCAAGACUAACGAAAAUAGUUCAAAAAACCAAAAGUUUCCUUCAACAGAAACCAGCAUGAUCAAAAGAACCAGCGGUUCGAGUUCUAACCUUUCCACUGCCGAUCCAUCGGGUGCUAAGAGUUCAAAUGCUUCAACCGGGGAUCAGUCGUCGGUGAAGUCUGUGUUGAAUAGGAGGUUCUCAAAUAAUGAAAGCCACGUGUCCAAACCACAGAGCAACAGCGUUUCACACAUGGACGCGAGUGGUAACGCCACUGGCGGCUCAUCCACAGUGUCAAGUGACAGCGCUAAGUUUGAUACAAUAAAAAACAUGUUGAAAGAAGGGCUCAUCCAGGGGCUGGACGAUGAACCUCCGGAUUUUGUUCCCCCACCUCCAUUUCUUCACUUUGGAAACAGGAGGAGGUCUAGUGAAAGAGAUGAUGCACAUUCCCCUGAGGAAGGAAAAUGGAGACGAUCGCAAAGCCCGGAGAACGAAGUGCAACCAACUUUUUCGUCGACCCAAAAUUCCAAACGAGGGAACACACCUCCAAAGUCGAAUAUAAAUUCCAGUUCUCCCAAACCUGAGAACAAUUUCGUAUCAAGUAAUCAAGACGUGAUGAAAUCCAAGAAGAAAACUCCUUUAAUUGAGAGGUCUGUUCCUCAAGAAGCAAAACGGGCAAGCUCUAAAUCAACGAGCCGCAAAAACGAAGAAAAAUCUCGUGGUUCUCCUCCAGGAGAGCUGAAGUUUGACCACCAAGUAGAUUAUCGAACCUCCCAUUCGACCAGAGACUCAUCGCCCCCUCUACCUCCUCCGCGAGAAUCUUCACUGCCAAAUCGAGGAUCAAAACGUGACUCAACCAAUUCGAGUUGGCUUCAUGGUCCUCGAUUGCCUUCACUGAAAGGCAAAAAAUCUAACGGCCGUUCCCCGUCUCGGUCGCCAUCGCGGAAAUCAAAAAACAGUGGAUCCCGAACUUCUCUAACUGAACCUCAACCAGAAAUGCUGGAAGUUUCCAUUUACUCAAAAAGUCCUAACGACGGCACUAAAGUUACUCAUCUCGACGAUUCUGCGGGCGGAGGUCGCAUGUCAAAUGAAUUCGGCGAUGAAGAUGCUUUGUCUAGGCAAAACUCCCAAGAAAACACAAACAAAACCGAGGCAAUGAGAAAACGAUCGGGAAGUCAGCCCAUAGUGACCAGUAAAACGGAGAAAAUUUACGACCUACGCAGAAACAGACAUACAGAGAAUGGGAUUGACAAACAAAUUCAGAAGUUCAAUAAGCCAGUCAGUAGACAAUCCAGUGAACGAUUCCGUGAGCCUCCAACUUCAGUUGUGAAGAAACAAAACAGAAACUCAAUAGCUGUUGAUGAUCUUUCUUUUUCCGAAAAUACUCUAUCUUCUAUGGGGCCCUUGAGCAGACUCGACGAGAGCACCAAAACUCCGGCCAACCAUUCCCGAACUCCCAGAUUUUACGGUAAACAGGAUCCGGGCAGUCGACUAAAUCGUGGAUCAAAAACCGACAAAAAGUUUGGGGAAUCUCAAAAUUCGUCUUCCGCUCAAAUGGAAAACCGAAGACGGAACGCGUCGCCUACCAAGCGAAAACAACCGCCCCCGCCUCCACCCACGAACCUUAAUGAAAAUCUUCAAAUCACCAGCAGUAUUCCCAAUAAUAAAUCCCUCAGUAAACACCACGUCUCCUCCAGCAAGCCCAACGAUUCCCCCAGCAAACCCCACGAGUCCAACCCCGUCUCAACCCUGCCAAGCCCCAUGCCCCACAAUGACCACGAAGGCGCUGCUCAGGACCUUCGUCGAGUUUCGUCUUUGGUGACCAACAAGAAAGGCGCGGCGCCCCCCGUCCCCAAAGUGCGCACUGCCUUCCCCGCUCCCCCCCACCCGCCGGUCCCGCAGGCUGGCGCCGGGCCGGUCUUCAUGCCAGCAGCUCAUCCCGGCCCCGCUGGCGGAGUUAUAACUCGACAGUCCGAGGAGGAGGAGGGGAGCGGCGACAGCAUUUGA